AUGGGAGCAACGAAUUCCACGUUUCAGGAAGAUGAUUCGGAACCUAUUGAGGUGGCAGUUGCCACAGGGAAGCAGCUUACCGACUGGGAAUUUCUUCGCUCCAGCAUUGUGGGGCGGCACUAUGGCCUGGAUGCCGCGGCUCUGGAGAGCUACAGCCAUGCUGGGGUCCUUGUUCAACAGCUGCCCUCGAAAAUUUCACCUCACAGAUCUAGUGAAGACUCGGGAAGACACGGUCUCUCUUCAGAUUUACCUGAACAGACUCGACGGAAAACGUUGUCUCACUGCCGCGGAGAAGUCUUUUCGCCCUCUCCGGGUGUUUUAUCCAUCUCUCGCGCCCUCUCUCCGUCAGCCAGGUACAAUGCGUCGUGUCUCGGCAGGCGCUCGACCAUUGCGCGAGAAGGCCGGACUCUCAACAGGAAGCUGGCCUCUGCACACAUGAACUGUCUCAUCGGGGGACACGCGGCGGAGGUCAGCGACGCCUCGCCUCCAUCUGUAGAGGACGAAGGUGGCAGCACAAGGGCGCCGAGUUUCGAAGAUAUUCUCAACAGUUCAAAGCAGACUCCGUGUCCCAUCCUGUACACAGCUGACAGGCCCCGAAGCUUGCCUCAAGGAGGCAAGAAGCGUCGAUCGGCGACGGCUAAGACUCCCCAAACGGAGAGGACUCUGACUUGCGUCGAGAGUACCUCCGCUUUGUUUGGCGGCUGCACGCGUUCCACCGCAGGCUCGCUUGCGGAGAGUGGGACCCGUCAUGGUGUGACAAACACUCGCGACACGAGGCCGGAUGCAUUCUUGGAUCAGGCUUUUUGCGGGGACUACGUUCGUUCGGUCUCCCUUCGUUUGCCUGUCAGCUCUGAGAAAAAAACCAUCUCGGGGAGUGCCUUUUUCGCGGCCGGGGAACUUUUCGAGACUUCGCCAACGGCUUUCUACAGGCCAGGGAGGCGCGUCUGUGAACCAGAGCGGCGUCCACUUGGCAGCGGAGAAGAAAAAGCAGCCUGUUCGCCCCCCCCCACUGCCACCGGGCCCUCCGACAAGCGGUGCUGGUGUUCGUUUCAGUCGGAGGAACUCCCCCACUCUUCCUCCGUUGUCUUCUUGGGCUCUCCAGGCUGGCCGUCGCACGCGGUUCCACUUCGUCUGCUUCUGCAUGUCGCCCCCGAAAUACCCCCAUCCUCUCUGCCGCCUCUCCCCCACAGCGACCGCAGAGGGACGCGCUGUCUCAUAAACCAUAGCCCGGUUGUCGCGCUGCUGCACACGCUGCAUUUGCUUCAGCGCCGUGUGCAGGCAGACGAGGCGUCUCGGGGCAAGCGGAAAGAGGGGCGCGAUGCUAGCCCUUUUCUUCCACGCUCGUUUUUCACAUUCGGUGGGGAGUCAACAACGGAUGGAGGCGGCAAGCGUCUGUCUCAUGAUGCUGUCUCUGCCAAGAGAGAGACGCUCUCGAGCCUCGUCCAGGAGGAAGGCGAGACAGCUACCUCACAGGUUUCCCCCUCUCGAUUUCCACUCCCCCCACCUGGAGGAAAACGGGGUAGCGCCGUCUCUGAGCCACAGAUUUGGGAUGCAGACGGCCCGGUCUCUUCCAGGGGGUGCCUAAGUCCAGCGGCAGAAAACAGCGCUUCAGGACAUCUUUGUGUCUCGCGUGCUUUUCUUCCAGUGCGCCUCCCUACAGAGUCUGCUGUCGCACAGAUCCUCUUCGGCCCCAUGGCGCUUGCGCAGCUGGCUAGCUCGGGUCGCCGUCAAGAAGAUACGGCCGAGAAGGCGCCAAAGAGGUCCCCGCUACCCGGGGAGGCUUCGGAGAGGCUCAGAUCUGAAGAGCGGAAGUUGCUUGCCGGCGACAGCCGUCCUUCGACUGCUCUAGGCCCGCGCAUCGCGUUCUGUUCGCUUCCGUGUGUGGCACUCUUCGUGCUUCAGCACUUCCGGGCUGAGGCAUACUACUUGGCGCCCCGUCUCGCACUGGAGGGGCUGCUCAACGCCGGAUUGCUUUUUCUCUUUAGGGGUAUCUCGUGUCCAGCGUUUUUGCCGUCGCAGACGUGCAUAGAAGCCUGGGAAGACAAUCAGACGCAGCGAGACGAAGAAGAACUUCACCGUGCGCCGAGCGAAGACGGGCAGACCGGAGAGCAGUGCCGAAGCCUGUGGUUUGUCUCUCCUGCGGAGCUAGGCCUCGACGAGCCUCUUGAGGAUGGGCCUGUUGGCGGAGAGGCGGGGUCGCUGAAAGAAGGAAGUCGCCGUCCGCGAGGGGGGCGGGACGCCUCCGCCAGGAAAGAAGAAAAGAAGCCAAAAGCUGCCGCGUGUCAGGCUCCCGUCGCCAAGGUCGGUAGCACGUCCUCUGGUGUGCAGAAGGUAACGCACACGGCGGUAUGCAAGCGAACGCUUUUCGAGUCGUCCACGAGAACUCAACAUGCCUUCUUUUCCGCGCAGCCGUCGUCGAGUCCGAGUCGCGGGUUGCGUCUGAAUGGUAGCGUACAGGCGAGGUGCGGGGGGGACGAGUGCGUGAGCGACCCCUGCGGGCCUCGUUCCUUUGCCUUUGCCUCAGUCGACACGCAGUCCGCGGCGGCUGCGCCCUCCUGUCUGCGCAGGGGAAAGAAGACCCCCCUGAUUUCUUUUGUGUCGUCCUCGUCUGCCUCCUCGCUCUCGCUCGCCCUCGAUGUCGAGGUCUACGAUGACUCCAACGACGAGGCCACGGGUCGCGACGAAUGGGAUACGACGGCCGCGAACUCUGCCGCGGCUCUGUCUCUCCAGAAGAGACCAGAGAAGCUUUCACAGUUCAGGGAGCAAACCGGAGGAGGGGCGAAAACGGAAGAGGACGCGCCUACGUCUCCCGCCACAUCUGCUAGCCCUGGGCGAGACCCUGCGGCAUUGGCCCCCGGCAGUCCCCAGUCCCCAGCGUCUGCAUCUGCUGCUUUUCUGAAUGGCUCCCGCGUGUCGACAGAAGGCCAGCCGCUGAACAACAGACAAACUGCCUUCGUGGUAGGCAUGCCGCAGCUCGACUGGAUGUGUGGGCACUUCGCUAUGGCCGUCGCUCUUGGUGGCUUCGCUCACGAGUUCACCGCUUGUCUCAGUCGCCGCCGACGCCUCCGGCGCGGGCCUGUGCCUCUUUGUUCCCCUCUUUCGGCCGUUCCACAGUUCGCUCUACUUGCUUCUUCACGCAUGCCACCACGCCAGAGUUCUCGUUCUCACUCUCAUUCUGUCGAGGAUGAACUUGGCACCUUUCGUCUGGCGGUAGAGAGACUCCAAGAGGCGCAGGAAGAAAAGCGAGAUUACUUUAUCACGCACGCUCAUCCGCCUCCAGUCAAUCUGUCGCUUCGCCGCACUGUGGCAAAGCACACCGGGCGUCAGUCGCGCACGCAGGCUCUGAAUCGGUGCGGCGACGGCGAGGGAGACGAAAACGAGCCCAGAGACCGAGGAUCGGGAGAAGAGCUGAGGAGGCUGAGGAGCGGGAACCUCGACGAGGUUGAAGACAAACAGAGGCUCGAGCCUGGCGGCGGCCGGGAGCGAGGACUGUCAGCGGAGCCGCGGGCCUCGCAGAAAAGCGUAGGACAGAGCGAGGCAGAGAAAGAAGAGCGACGCCAGUGGAAAAGGCGACAGAAAUUCUACGAAGAACGCAGCGGCCUGACCGCCGCCAUGGCUGUCUACUGGCAACUGCAGGAGGACUUCGAGGUCUGCUCGCGGUACAGGCAGCGAACAAGUGGAAAGGUCAACGGUGGAGGGGCAGCCCAAGACGAGGCGCCUCCUACUCCGUCUUCGGGUGAAGAUAGAAGCAGGUCAAAAGGAGCCUCUGACGCUAGAGAGUUCCACGUUUUCCUAGUCGACGGCACGUGCCGCAGCGAAUUCGGAAAAAGCAGGCGCGCGCGAACCCAAGACAGCAAAGACUCUCGGGCGUCAAAAGGCGAAGCCUGCCGGGACGGCGACGGGGCUGCCCUUGCGCCACUCUCCCAGGGGUCGCCGCGGGCGGCGUCUGCAGGGGAAUGGGCAGCGUGCAGCCAGGCAGAGGCGCUGCCGGGGGGCGGUAGCGGCUCGGGCAGUGCGGACGCCGAGGCUUCCGGUUUCGCAGCCAAGGAACGCCGAACGGGAACGGAAAGAGAUGCCAAGGCGGCUCUCAGGAAGGACGGGCCGCGACGAGGCCGCAGUCCGCAGGACCAUGAAGUGGAGGCGGCCUCGCCUGCUGUCUCUCAGUUUAAUUUAUGGAGCUGCGCGGCGCACUCCAGAGCGACGUCGGCAUCUCUGACGGCAGGCAGAGGCAGCGAAGAUGAAGACUGCCGAGCGACGACGCCUUUGCGCCAUUCUGGCCCGGAUUCUUCGCGCGGCGCAGGAGGAGAAGGAGCGGAAGCGCUGGACGGGGGCGACGGCCCUCCCGGCAGCAGCAAGGAGACUCUUGCGAAGCGCAGAGCGCCAAGGAAAGUUCGGGUUGAGUCUGGGCCGCCUUCGCCCUCGCCGAAGCGCGACUUGGCACGCGAAACCGGGAAAAAUGAAAGAGGCAGUGUGUCAUCGGGGGGCGCAGCCUCGCCAGAAGAGGGCAGAAGAGACGACGAACGAAGGCUGACCGAAAACGGGGACGAAAUAGCUCAUGUAUUCUUGAAGCUUCACACAGUCCUCGCGCUUCUCGAGAUUCCCGUCGAAGGCGCAAACCCGGCGAAAAUUGAGGCGGUUCAGAAGGAACUCGGAAAGCACGGGGAGACUGCAUUUCACUGGAUCUGCUUCACGCCGAUCUCUGUCUCCUCGCCUCCUGCGUCUCUCGAUCCCGCCUCGUCCAAGCCCGUCCAGGGCCUGCAGGCGUCGUGUCGGUUGUCUGGUCAAUCUACGCGUGCAGCUGACACUUCUGCGUCGGUUCUCAGCCCGUCGGCGCUCGCGGAGGAGGGUGCGGCUGAGAGAGCAGGCUCUGAGGCGGCGGUACAGCCUCGCGCCUCGUCGCCGGCAGGGCGGCGACGGGGGCCCCGAACUGCUGAGGAAGGGACGCAGAGAGAGGCGAAAGGAACGCGGAUCGGUGGUGCAGAAAGGAGGGGCGAUUCGAUUGGUGACGCGGCGGCCGAGAAGCAGGUGGAACCGCCGGCAAGUCUCCACCCCAGUGGCAAACCCGUGGAGAGAUUCUAUUGGUUUUCGUGUUCGAUGGGGCCUGGUGACGCACCCCCCUACGCGCCUUUCACUCGGUGCUCUGUGUUGCUCGCCUUCUCAGCAAGUCGUGUGUGGGAGAUCCUCGCUAGCGCCGGGGCUCCGUCGUCCUCGACAGUUGUUGUUCUCGAAGAAGUCGUCGAGAGCGGCGCGGGGGGGAGCGGCAUUUAA